AACCAAUUCCACUUGUGUUUUUCAUUUGCUCUGAAAAUCGAAUUGAUGAAUGUAAUGUCGCUUGUAUCAUUUGUUGUUAUUCUUAUUGUUAUGAUCUAUCUACACGUGAUGCACCAAACCCUUUCUUACCAAGAUCAAAAUGACAAUGUUCUACAUUUCCUAAAUGUUCUGUUUGGCUUACUUUCUUACUUUCUCUGUUAGUUAGUGUCGUAAACAAAGUUUAUUUUAAAUUGACCUCCGUUACUGUAACUACUACUUUUUGCAGUAAACGAAAACACCCAGAGGUGAGAUGAAAUCUAAACGUUUGUCUAAAGCUAAACGAUUGUCUUUGGAUAUCAUCACCACACUUCCUCAACCCAUAAUAGAAACCAUCCUAUGUCUUUUACCUAUCAAAGAGGCAGCAAGGACAAGUAUCCUCUCAAGGGACUGGAGGUACAAAUGGACCACCAUUCCUAAACUUGUGUUUUCUACACCAGAUGGAUACCCAAUAAUGGAGACAAGUAAACUUAUACGUGCUAUACACCAAGUUAUGUCAUUGCGACAGGAUCCAAUACACGAGUUCACCCUUUCUUUACAUGGUAACUGCUUUGGCAAAACUGGUUUACCUUCUUGUGAAGUUGAUCAAAUAUUAUGUCGUUUGUCAAAGAACCAUCCUGUCAACAAGUUAAUACUUGAUUUUGGUGCAUCAUCUGAUGAUUGUUCGUAUAAUUUACCCUUCUCCGUCUUCUCCUCGUUGCAUCACUUAACGGAACUAUAUCUCAGCUGGUGUGGUCUUGAUCAUCAACCGGCAUUCAAUGGAUUUGGUAGCCUUGUAGUCUUAUCCUUGGAUUUUGUAUGGAUCUCUAGAAAAACACUUCUAUGUCUUUUAUCUAGUUGUCCAUCACUUAAGAGCUUUAGGCUGAUUAUGCCCGAAGAUCAUGUUGUGGGGCAUGAAAAUUCCACCAUGAUUGAGCUAUUCCAGUGUUUACCUUUGAUUGAACAUCUCACUAUUUGGUGUGACACAAUUUGGUGGUUUGUUCCAGACUUGGUUCCACAAGAGCUUCCAACCUCACUAAUCCAUCUUAAAUACUUCUGUUUGGAACAAAUGUCUUUUCAUCAUGGCUAUGCAUUGACUUUUCUUGCUGUUUUGAUCAAAAACUCCCCGAACUUGGAGAAAAUUGAGCUAGAGAUUGAUAUAGAACAUUAUCUCUUUAAUGAUACAAACUACGACUCCGAUGUAUUUGAAGAAUAUCAUUCAGAUGUUUGGUUGGAGCAUCUGUCAAAUGUUUGGUUGGAGCAUCUGAUUGAACUGAAGAUUAGAGAUUUUAGCAACUUGGAGCCUGAGUUGGAGUUUGUGAAGCUUAUCUUGGCAAAGUCUCCCAAGCUGAAGAAGGUGAGCAUAAAAAGCGUGGUUAAAAAGGAUCAAGAGCCGGGGAUGCUAAAAACUCUCUUGCGCACCCCACGCGUGUCUGCUGUAGAAAUCGAUGUUGUUUAGAUCACUCGAGUUUCUUCAGAAUUAAGGUAAAGAUUUAUGAUUGUAAUCUCGAGUUUUUGUAUUGCUACCUAUAUUUCUAUAACCUUUUCUAGAAUUCUUCUGGAUGUUUGACUACCAUACAUUUGGCAAUCUUGACCCAACUAUUAUUUGGGUUGUUUUUGGACUUCAAAUAUACAUUUUUGAGUAAGCGGA